ACAUAAACAGAACAGCACAGUGGCCCACAGACUACAGUCUCCAUAUACCAGUCGAACAAUGCUGGACUUGAACACAGCAAAAAAGCAGUCAAACGUAUGUGGUGAGCGGUCUGGAUUUAGACAUCACAGAAAAGAGAAUUAUGUGUGUCAUUCUCCUGCAUCCCAGCAGAGCGCAGACAGUGGAGAAGAAGUCCUUCAGCUCAGGAAACUGAACGGGUCUCCCAGCGAGUGUCCCAGUCACCAGAAUCUCCAUAAGGAGCUUCUGCUCGGCCACAGGAAAGGCCUGUUGUUUGAGGAGAAACCAGAAUUGCAGCGUGUAUUACAGCAGAGGAGACUUGACCUGCACAGGGAAGAGGAACUUGCCCUCCAACCUCCUUCUGACCUGGAACAGGAGCUCCGCAAGCGACAGCAGAAACUACAGGAGUAUGAGAUGGAGGAACAGAGGCGUAUAGAAGACAAGAAGAAUGUUCCAGAAUUUGUACGAGUGAAAGAAAAUCUGCGACACAUACAGAUUACUGAACAAAACGACUGAAGGAUGAGUGUGGAGGAUACGCCUUGUCAUUUUUACACCCUGUUUCAUUGAAUAAUAAUAAUAAUAAAAAAAAAAAUUUCUGUGUAAUUGUGAAGUAAAUUUUUCAUGCAGUUUAGUAUUGUAGUCCUAUAUUAAGAGUUUGUUACAAUAGUGUGCAGUAAACUUUGUCAAA